AUGUACUUACCCUUCUCACCUAUCCUAAUUACUAUCUUCAUCGCUAUUGAUGUGAAAGCAGAUAUCGAAAUAAUAAAUGAAAAGUCAUUAGAUGGUCAAGAAUGGUCGCAAACAGGAGAAGAGAAUACGACAUCAUUGCAUUCGAAUUUGGUAAAUGGUCAUGGAAUUAAGCAAAAAGUGAUUUCAACCGAUUCAACUAAAACCACUAUUAAUGAUAAUUUCGAAGAUUUGAAAGGACGAAUAUCAAAGGAAACAUUGGAUCUUAUCAAACGACUUCAUGAGCAAUAUUUUAAUGCAGAAAAUCUUAACAAACAGCCAAAAUCCUCAUCAUCUGAUGGAAAUAAAUUUAAAAAAGAAGAAAUUAUUCGUAUUUCUGGUAAACUAGAAAUAUUAUAG